GAGUUUGAAAAACCUAAGUGAUGUGCUGGAGAAAUAUGGGAUUGUUAGCGGAGAUAUAACUUGCAUUUCACAGUUCAUACCACCCAUCCACACCAUCAACGAAAGCGCCCCUAAAUUUAAGCUAUGUAUUGACGACAUUCUCCAUAGAAUAAAAAAUAUGGGACCAGUUGUAGAUAGUAACGAAGCUAUGCGGUGUGAGUACAUUUCAACGAUCUUACAUACGGCUGUAAGUAUUCUCAGUGACUUGGUAAUCACACCUCAGGCAAAUAUAAUUGGUGAAGAAAACACAGGCUGUGUCGACUAUGCCAUCAAGAAAAUUAUCAGCGAGAUGCUGGAGGAAAUAAUUUGCAUAACCGAAGGCAACUAUAG